GGAGAAACAAAACGCCUUCCUACUUCAUUACCUCCUGUCGUUUUUCUUGCAUCGAAAAAGAAACCGAAACAGUUUUUCUCUCUUUAAAAUUGGGUUUUGCCGAGGCAUAUUGGUCUCAACUCAUAAGCCAAAUCUAGAGCAAACCCAUUUGAAUGAGAAAGCUUGCAACUUUGGGCACAACCCAUAUCGUAUUUACCUAUGCUUUGUAUGAAAGUUGAGUUCUUUGGAGUCUGUGAGCAAAUCUAAGCAGACCCAUUUGGCCUCAGAGGUUCUUACACCUCUUGAUCAUGGCGGAAGAAACAUCAUGGUUCAGCCAUUACCUCGAUGACAGACCAAGAGAGGUUGGGGAGUAUGAAUCAUAUGCAGAGCUGAGUGAUGAAGGAAGUCAAGAAGUUACUGUAGUUUCAGUUGAAUCUUUCCUUCCUGAUGAACUCUUGGAACGGAUAAUAGCAUAUCUACCAAUUGCAAGCAUUUUCAGAGCACAGUCUGUGUGCAAAAGGUGGAAUGGCAUUGUUAAUUCAAAAAAAUAUAUAUCAACCAAUUCACCCUUGCCACCACAAAAACCUUGGUACUUUAUGUUUACAAGCUGCAGUGAACCGAUUGGUUAUGCAUAUGAUCCUGUACUUAGAAAGUGGUAUGCCAUUGAGCUGCCCUGCAUUCAGACAUCAAAUUGGUGCAUUGCUUCCUCAUGUGGUUUGGUUUGCUUUAUGGACAAUGAUAGUAGAAGUGAGUUAUACGUCUGCAACCCUCUUACCAAAAUAUACAAGAAGCUUGAGGAGCUUCCUGGCUUGAGAUUUUCGGAUUGUUACAGUGCACUUGCGUUUUGGGCUAACAGGGUCUCAAGAAGUUAUACUAUCACAGUGGUGAAAUCUAAGCAAGUUGCUGGAAAUUUUUUCCAAUGGGAUGUUUCUGUUCAUAUAUAUGAUUCACAGACAACAAUGUGGCUUUCCCCUGUGACAGAAGUUCUGACAGGAUGGAGAGGUGGCGAUGAGAGUGUGGUAUGUGAUGGGGUUUUGUACUUCUUAAUUUACUCAACAGGGGGUGGGGCACCAGAGAAUCGUCAUGGCCUACUCUCCUACAAUCUCUCUGCUCGCUCUUCCCAUGGGCAGUUGAUCCGUAGUUUCAUUCCUGUACCUUGUGCUCUUACAUGUGGCCGUCUAAUGAACUUGAGGGAGAAGCUGGUUAUGGUGGGAGGAAUUGGGAAACCAGAUCGCCCUGACAUAAUUAAGGGGAUUGGUAUAUGGGUCCUAAAUGGGAGUGUGUGGCAAGAGAUUGCCCGUAUGCCUCACAAGUAUUUCCAAGGAUUUGGAGAAUUCGAUGAAGUUUUUGCUAGCAGUGGUGCAGAUGAUCUCAUAUACAUCCAGAGUUAUGGAGGUCCGGCUCUUCUUCUGUUUGACAUGCGCUUGAAACAUUGGAGAUGGUCACAGAAGUGCCCGAUAACCAAGAGGUUCCCUCUCCAGCUCUUUACUGGUUUUUGUUUCGAACCUCGACUUGAAGUAAAUCCCUGAUAAUUGUCCCUGUGGAUUGAUCAUUGAUCUGGUGGUGGUAUAGAUCAUUUUGUCUGAGAUUUUUCUUUGUUUCUGCACUUAUUUUCUUUUUGUUUCCCUGUUAGCGCCUUUCUGAACCCCAUCCGUGUUCUAAAAGCCUUAUACACAACUAUAAUGUACCUGCAGAUAUAACUCUGCUCAUUCAUGGUCAUAUGGGUAUAUUAUUCUUUGUAUUGGAAAUAUCCAAUCCUGAGUUCCUAUCUAUUAUCAAAUGAAA